AAAAGAGGAGGCGUAGGGGCGGCGGUGGGAGGAGGAGGAGGAGGAGGAGGGAGACGGCUGAGAUCCGUCGAGAUCGGGGGGCCACAGAGAUGAUGCGGAUGCGGCGGUCAGGGUCCGACGACGGAUCGAGCCGCGGGUCGGCGGAGGAGGCGGCGGCGGGGGCUAGGGAGGUGGGCGGAGAAUGGGAGAUGAGGCCCGGCGGGAUGCUGGUCCAGAGGCGCGGGUGGGAUCCAGGGGCCCCGCCGCCGGAGAUGCGCCUCCGGAUCUCGUACGGCUCUGCCAGGUUCGAGGUCUCGGUCUGCUCCCUUGCCACCUUCCGGGAGUUGAAGAAGAUUCUGACGGCGGACACGGGGCUGCAGCCGGCGGAGCAGAGGCUGUUCUACAAGGGGAAGGAGAGGGGGGACGGCGAGUUCCUCGACGUCUGCGGCGUAAAGAACCGAUCGAAGGUGGUACUGACGGAGGAUCCGACGAGCUUGGAGAGGCGAUACGUGGAGAUGCGGAAGAACGCGAGGAUCCAAAGCGCUCAACGUGCCAUCUCUGCCGAGUCCAUGGAGGUGGACAAGUUGGCCGAUCAGGUUACUACCAUUGAGAAGUCCAUUACUGAAAGGAAUAAGGUGGCGGAAGUACAGAUCACCACAUUAAUAGAGCUGCUCAUGAGACAAGCAGUCAAACUAGAUAGCAUCCACACAGAGGGAGACGCUUCUUCCCAGAAAAAUUUACAGGCAAAGAGGGUGCAAAAAUGUGUUGAGACUCUGGAUCUCCUCAAGAUUAGGAACGGCAGAUUGAAGCCUGUAGUCGUCACUACAAAGUGGGAGACUUUCGAUCCUCCAACUACGACAACACAAUGGGAAUAUUUCGACUGAAACAUCCUGUCCAGUUUUGCCUAUUCUUCUUUCAUUCUUUUAUGUGCUUCUUAGCUAAUAGAUGAUGGACAAGCUAAAUGUACUUAUUAUGUCUUCGAUCAGUUGAUGAUUAGCUCAAUAAAAGUACUCCUGGAAUUCCAGGUUGAUCA